CAUCCUCCUAACAGUGCGGCAGGAAAAGCGCAGGGGAGACAGAGGGAGGGAGGGAAACUGUUAGGAAAAGAAAAAGAAGAGCGACAUGGGCACAAAUAGCGUUUUGAAGCCAAGCGUGAUACCGAUCCGUGGCGCUGGACCGUAACCGACCUCCUGCGCCGCGCGGCCGCUCCGUUACGCAGGACAACCGGGGCAUGGAAAUAUCAGGGAAUGGAGGAAAUCUUCGUAAAUCUUGCCUCUAAACUGCGCCGUGCCGUCGGGAUUCGAGGAUAUCAGUGAAGCAGAGCGACGUGGAGCGAGGAUGGUGCCCGUCUAAGCGGGGAGCGCCCUUCGGAGCGAGUCGUGCUCGGCGAACAUCAGGCCACGCUCAAAGUUUCCCCCCAUUUCGCGAGGAGAACGGGGGGGGGGGAUUUUGCGGCAUCGAAUUCCUCCGGACGGGAUGUCAUCCGCAGCCGGGAGGAAUUCCUCCGGCUGAGCGAGCCUGCAGCUGCGGAGUAGCGGGAUCCCGACGGGGGACACGAUGGGAGACGCGGCGGACGACAGAGGCAUGAGACGGACCUUCAUCGUCCCAGCCAUCAAGAGCUUCGACCACUACGACUUCACCAGGGCCAAGGUCUCGUGCAGCCUGACGUGGCUGGUGGCCAAGGCUUUCGGUUCGGAUGAAGUUCCAGAGGAGCUGGCCGAGCCCUUCUACAGGGACCAGUACAACCAGGAGCACCUGAAGCCUCCGGUGGCCUGCCUGCUCCAGUCUGCCGAGCUGUACUGCCGGGCCGGGAGCCUGAUCCUCCGCAGCGAUGCCGUCAAACCCCUGCUGGGGCACAACGCCGUCAUCCAGGCGCUGGCCCAAAAAGGCCUGUACGUCACGGACCAGGACCGACUGGUCACCGAGCGAGACCUGACCAGCACACCCAUCCACAUGAGCUCCCACCUGGCGCUCAUCGACACCCUGAUGAUGGCGUACACGGUGGAGAUGGUGAGCGUGGAGCGGGUCAUGUCCUGCAUCAGCAGGUGCGCCGCUGCCGAGCCGCGCCGGCGCGACGGCCUGGUCCAGGAGCUGCCCUACGACACCGAGGACGCCAUCACCACCUGGAUCAACAAGGUCAAUGAGCACCUGAGGGACAUCCUCGUAGAAGAGCAGAAGCGGAGGGAGGCGUCCUUUCAGGAGUCCAACUCGACGCACAAAGCUCGCUACAGACGGGAGCAUGUGCAGCAGAGGAACGUGCCGUCGCUCCCCCUGGUGGAGAACCUGCUGAAGGACAACACGGAGGGCUGCGCUCUCACCGCCCUGCUGCACUUCUACUGCCCACAGGCCGUCAGGCUGGAAGACGUCUGCCUCAAGGAGACCAUGUCCCUCGCUGACAGUCUGUACAACCUGCAGCUGGUGCAGGACUUCUGCAGCAGCAACCUCAACCACUGCUGCCACUUCAGCCUGGAGGACAUGCUGUACGCGCACGCAUCAGUGAAGAGUAACUACCUGGUGUUCAUGGCUGAGCUUUUCUGGUGGUUUGAAGUGGUUAAACCUUCGUUUGUACAGCCCAGAGUUUUCAACCCUAACGCCUGUGAGCCCGUAUCCUGUAGAAACAUGGCCCUCGUGUCCAGUCCCAUCAAACAGAGCUAUGCAGACCGACCCAACAGCCCAGAAAGCAUCACUGCUGAAGGUGUAAUAAAGAAAUCUACCUCCAUGUCAUAUGUAGAUGGCUGUGUUGGGACGUGGCCCAAAGAAAAACGCUCCACCUCUCGGGGAAUCUCCUUUGAGAUUCCUCUGGAUGGAGACCCGGUGUUGGCAGCCUGUGAGGCCCCCUCCCUCCGCGGUAUGACCCGCUCUGCCAGCAGCGAGGGUCUCGGCUUCAAAGUUCACUAUGCAUCUCGAGGAGGCAUGAAGCGCCACCUUUCCCUCAUGCCCGUCAAUGUAAACGGCCAGAGCAGACACAUAGCAGAGGAGGACGAUGACUGGAUGAGCCACAAACCCCUGGGGCGGAACAACACGUUCUCAGUCAAGAACCAAAGCAGCUACUCCAAUGGAGUCCUCCCAGACAGCAGCCACAACAAUCACCAUGGCAACCAAAGUGGCCACAUCAGCCCGACAACCCCUCCCAGUAUCGAGGAGGCUCUUAAGAUCAUCCACGACACAGAACGGCCCCACGCUUGCCUGGGCGUGGGCGACCGAGACGAUGGAUUCUUCCUCCAUGGCACAGGACCAGAGCCUCCAGGGGCUCCAGGUGAAGGAGACGCAGUGGGCUCAGCUAAGGCUGACCCCAACUCUGUGUCCACCGACGAGGUGGACACGGGCAUCCAUGUGAGGACUGAGGACAUCCAGAGCUUGGACGAGGACUCCUCCUCCCUGAGAGACUAUUCUGAUAUGGACCCGGACUGCGAGGCCAUGACCCGGUCCUGCCCUCUGCCGGAUCGGGCGGAGAAGCAGAGAAGCAGGGAAGGGGGUGGGAAAGGUGCCGGCGACACCAACCCGGAGGGGGGGAGGGGGGACGGGGGUGGCAGGGUGAGCCCCUGUCCCAGCUCGGCACCUGCGCUCCCCAGAUCCCACGCGGUGAGCCCCGUCUCGUCCUCCGGUGGCUCCGGAGGGGGCCUGGUGCGCAUGACCAGCUUCGCAGAGCAGAAGUUCAGGAAGCUGGAGGGAAGGAGCAGCGGAGGGACGACGCCGGAGAGCUCAGACCUCAACGUGCCCUAUACACACAACGCGGCAAAGAAUGUGACAUCUCAGCUCUAUACACCCCCUUUGCCCAUCACAUCGCCCAGUCCUGUCGCUCCUUCGCCGAGGGACCCCUCCCACCUCAUAGCGUCGGAAAUGAUUCAACUGAGGAUGAAGCUGGAGGAGAAACGUAGAGCCAUAGAAGCCCAGAAGAAGAAGGUGGAAGCAGCUUUCACCCGCCAUCGUCAGAAGAUGGGCAGAACAGCCUUUCUGAACGUGGUGAGGAGAAAAGGAGUCACUGCUCCCGUCAGCCCCGGCUCAGGAUCGGCAGAAACCCCCUCCCCAGACCUGCCCACGCCCCCUAAGGCCAGCCAGUGUAGCAUGGAACCAGCGGAGAGGUGUAAACCAGACGGAGCAGCCCCCAAGUCCCCGUGUGAGGACGGUGGAGGCGCGGCGCCCGGGGAGGUCGACCUCGCCGAGUACACGCGCUCCAUCGAGCGGCUCAACACGUCGCUGGGCUUCCUGCAGACCGAGAUGCAGCGCCUGUCCCAGCAGCAGGAGAAGAUCAUGGCCAUGCGGGAGCAACAGCAGCAGGCCUGGGUCAUCCCUCCGCCUGCCCCGUCUCCGCACAGGCAGCUCCGCGAGCUGCGCAGCAGCAGCGUGACCGGCCGCGGCCCGGGCCGAGGCUCCGUGGGCUCCCUGUCUCCCAACCUGUCGUCUACAGGCUCGCCGCGCGCGCCCAACAGCGCCGGCGCUGGCAUCAAGCGGCGGCCGGCCUCCUUCCACGCCAGGACGCCUCGGACCCCGCGGCCCGCCGACCUGAGGGUCGCCCCCUUCAGCCGCAUGCUCAACACCCCCACCUCGGUGGACAGCCUGCCCAGGCUGAGGCGCUUCACGUCCAGCCAGACCCAGCUCAGCUCCUUUGCCUACCUGGGCCACGACGAGGGCCCGCGGCCGAGCAAGCAGCGAGAGGCCGGGGAGGACAAAGAGAGCGCUAGAGACAAAGACGAGGCGAUGGCAAAGCCUCGGAAUAAAGACGCAGCCAAAGAUGAGCAACAGGAGGAGAGGGAGGAGGUCCAGCAGUCGAGGACGUCAGAGGUGGUGUGUCAGCCGGGCACCACGGGAAGCAGGCUCAGAGGAGCCCCCCAGGACAGGAGAGACCUGGUGGAGGUGCCCCUGGCUGGGCCGAAGCAUCAAAGUGGCCACAGUGAGGAGACAGCAGGAGACGAAGAUGGAGGAGACGCUUGUGGAGAAGACCAAAAGAUGUGCUGUGGCUUCUUUUUCAAGGAUGAUGUGAAAGGGGAGGAGGACAUGGCAGCGAAGAAGGCAGCACUGCUGGAGAAGAGGCUGAGGAGGGAGAAGGAGGCCCAGGAGAGGAAGCAGCAGCAGGAGCUGGACCAGGAGCAGAAGAAGGAGUCUGCGCGGUUGAAAGCGGAGGAGGAGCAGCAGAAGCGGGAGGACGAGAAAGCCAGACGGGAAUACAUCAAGAACGAAUACAUGCGGCGGAAGCAGCUCAAACUGAUGGAGGACAUGAACGAGGUCAUCAAGCCGCGAUCCGGGAGCCUCAAGAAGAAGCCGCGGCCCAAAUCCAUCCACAGGGACGUCAUGGAGCCGUCGGCGCUGCCCGCGAGGGCGACCGGCGUGCGUCCUCGGGGCUUCUCGGUGUCCAGCGUUUCUCUGGCUUCUCUCAAUCUGGCAGAUCACGACAGGGAGCAGCCGGACAACAGGAAGAACAACAGAGGCAAUAAAGUAGCUCCUGCCCCCGUCCCGUUCUUUCUAAGCUCUCCUAAAGAAAGAAAGGGAAGGCCCGACUCUGCAGAAGGGUUUUCGUCCUGUCCCUCGGCCGGCAGUCGUAACGGAGAGAAGGACUGGGAAAACGAGUCGACCACGUCCUCCACACCCUCCAACACUGAGUACACAGGACCCAAACUAUAUAAGGAGCCCAGUGCAAAGUCCAACAAGCACAUCAUCCAGAAUGCCCUGGCUCACUGCUGCCUGGCCGGCAAGGUCAACGAGGGGCAGAAGAACAAGAUACUCGAUGAAAUGGAGAAAUCCGAAGCCAACAACUUCCUGGUGCUGUUCCGCGACGCCGGCUGCCAGUUCCGCUCCGUGUACGCCUACUGCCCCGAGACGGAGGACAUCACCCGGCUGGCCGGCAUCGGGCCCAGGAGCGUCACGGCCAAGAUGAUCGAGGGCCUGUACAAGUACAACUCCGACAGGAAGCAGUUCAGCCAGAUCCCGGCCAAAACCAUGUCCGCCAGCGUGGACGCCAUCACCAUAGCCAGCCACCUGUGGCAGACCAAGAAGCAGGGGACGCCCAAAAAGCUGCACGCCAAGUAGCGCCAGACGGGCCAGAAUGGUGGAUUCUACCUUUUCAUUAAAGGGACAGACACAAUCCCAAUGUUUCAAAUCACAACUGGAAUGUAAAACACAAGUGGGCCUCACAGAUGUUGUCAUUCCAUUACAGAGCUGAUUGUUGCACUCCGGGCUUCUUCGAUGGGGCACAUGUGUGUACUUGUCAACAUGUGUAUCAAUGUUCUUGUGUGCCAAAAAAAACAACAACAACAACAGGCAAACCAAUGCCUUACUUAGUUGAACCACUGAAGCACUGAAUGUCAUGCCUCUGAGUUGAUCAUGUGUGGCCUUAUGCUUGUUCCGUGUCACAUCGGUGCGCCCCCCGAGCGUUGGUGUUGUUUCCGUCGGCGCCUGUUUCAAAGUGUGGUGUUGUGACGCAGGGGGAUGUGUGUACAGGUCUGGGAUCAGACCGCGAUGAGCCUAUCCAGUCUGUGAUCAGGUAGAGGCAGCAUUUAUAAGGAGUGCUCUGCUGCUACACAGGCAUGAGAUAUUGUCCUUAAAAUGUUCACAGUUGUGUAUGUUUGUGCGUGUGUGUGUGUUUAGUGACGUGCCAAGAAGAGUGAGGAAAACACUUUAAUGUUCGCAACUGCAUUCAAACGUGUGAACCGAUGAGGUGAUCGAGCAAAAACGAUUCUGGAAAGCACCUGCAAUAUACUUAAUUUAUUUGAUUUUUUUAAUGCUUUGGAUAUAUUUUAAAGAAGCGUCUUGGAUUUUAUUCAGAGGAGCAUAAUAUACUACGCGUAUAUAAGUUGAAUUAGUUUGUAUAUAAUGGCAGUUCCGGUCAGAGUAAGCGAGUCCGCUUGUAGUAGCUUAUGGGUAGCUUUUAUAAUUUAUCAUGUAUGUUUAACAAGUGUGUGCGCGCUGUCGUUUUUUCGGGGGGCCUUUUGUUGUGCUGCAAAUGCAAAAACGUGUGAUAACUCAACAGCAUCACUGAUAAGACUAUCAUAGUAGAAUAGAUGGAAAAAGCCACACUGUGUCUCCCACACGUCGUUUAGAGGCGAAUAAAAAAGUCAUUGGAAGAAUCCACUGCGUUACUGACGGAACUAACAGAUACUGAAUAUGUCACUUUUAUGAGGGUCUUGUCCUGACAGUUAGAUCUGAUUUCCUUCUAAAUUAGUCCACAAAUGUAAAUAAGUGAAUCCGCCUACAAUAGCACUUCAAGACCCUGUCCACUGUUGUUGAGUCUAAUCAAAGGACUUUCAUUCUCGCUUUACUCUGAAAUUACUGUUGCAUUUUCAUUAUGGGUUCCUUCAGAAUGUGUUGACAUUGUACAGAUAUAUUUUGGCAUAUAGAAGUAUUUUUUGUAAGGACACUUACCUGUUGGUGAUGUGAGGAUGAAGAGGCACAGUUGUAUAUGCGGUUGAGAUAAGGUGAGGCAUCUGAAGUCUUGGUGAGGUUUUCUUGUGGUGUUUUAAGAAAUCCAGUGAUUAAAAUCAUAGUAUUUUAUUUCAUUUUUUUCUAAUUUCUUUUUCUUUUUAAUUGCCAAAUCUGCUCAAAUGUUCAUGAAUUUCCGUUGGGUUUUUUUUUAUCCCUUUGAGCUUAAUUAAAAUUCCAGCUAUCAGAA